CAUCGGUGCCACUUGCCAACUUCAUCAAGGAUGGCUGCCACCACGACCUCUGGGAAGAAUUAGCUGCGGAUGCACACUUCGCUGCCGCACUAGGGUGCAGAUCCGCUGGACUGUGGCUGAUUUAUCUGUCAAAAUGGGGAAGACGAAUUGCAACGUGCUGCUGUUCCUCCUCAGUUGUACAUUAUUGUUAUCAGGUUUUGUUACUCGAGCGCAAGCGAUAUCGGAGUUUGACGACGUGUAUUCGGAUUUGGAUUUGACAGAGGAGGAGCGGAAGGUGCUGAAUCUCAGGGAUGAGUUCGUCCAAGAGCAAGAUCUCGAGGAAUACUCUUCCUCUGAGAGUUUAGUAGAUGAGGAUGAUGAGAAUGGUGUGUUGGUUUUGAGCGCCAAUAACUUCGCCGACGUUGUGAAGAGCCACCAGCACGUGUUGGUCGAGUUUUUCGCUCCUUGGUGCACGCAUUGUCAGGCAUUGGCGCCAGAGUACUCCAAAGCGGCGGUAGCGCUCAAGGAGACAGGUGUGGUGCUCGCGAAGGUUGAUGCUAUUGAGCACGGCGAUCUUGCUGAUGAUUAUGGUGUUGAGGCUUAUCCAACUUUGUACUUUUUCGUAGACGGCGAGAAGAAGCCAUACAAUGGAGGACGAACAAGUUAUGAUAUCAUCAACUGGGUGAUGAAGAGGAUUGGUCCUGCUGUUAGCAUCGUCGAGUCUGCCGAAGAGCUGCUAGAGCGCGACGCUCCCCUUGCUGUUGCCUACCUUGACAGCGUUAAGGGCGCCGACGCCGAGGAAUUCAUUGCGGUGGCAAAGCAGGAGGAUGGAGUCGAGUUUCAUAUGACUGCAGAUGCGCAAAUUGCUAAGAAGUUUGGCCUUGAAAACAAGACUCCUGGUCUUGUGUUGCUGAAGAAGCAGAAUGAGAAGGUUGCUAUUUUUGAUGGAUCGUUCCAGAGGACGUCCAUUGGAAACUUUGUAUCCGAGAACAAGCGUCCCCUCGUAAUCCCAUUCAGCCGUAAGACAGCAUCACUUAUAUUCAAGUCUAAUGUGAAGAGACAGCUGCUGCUGUUUGCAAAUAUUGCCGACUUCGAGAAAAUUCGUGCUAAUUAUGAAGAGGCAGCUAAAUCUUUUAAAAAGAAGAUUGUUUUCGCCCUCAUCAAUCUUUCCGACGAGGAUGUCGCCACUUCUAUUCUAGAUUUCUUUGCACUUGAUAACGAAAGGACUAGGCUUUUGGGUUUUGUUUCUGAGUCUGGUACCAAGUAUUUAUAUGAUGGAGAUUAUAGUCUUGAUUCACUAAAGCAAUUCUCGGAGAAGUUUUUGGCCGGAGAUCUUACUCCCUAUCGCAAGUCACAGAAAGCACCCGAGGAGAAUGCUGGACCUGUCAAAAUUGUCGUAGCUUCAACAUUUGAGCAGAUCGUUCUCGAUAAAACCAAGGAUGUUAUUCUUGAGGUUUAUGCCCCAUGGUGUGGGCGCUGCAAAUCUCUGGAGCCAGAAUACAAUAAGUUGGGAGAAGCCUUGGAGAAUAUCAGCUCAAUAGUGAUUGCUAAGAUGGAUGGCACCAAGAAUGAGCUUGAACGCUUCAAGAUUGAAGAGUAUCCUACCAUUCUUUUCUUUCCAGCAGGAGACAAGAGCGAUCAGCCAGCUUCUCUUGAGACGGUGAGGACAGCUGCUGGUUUCGUUAAGUUCUUGAAAUCCAAUGCUAAAGUUCCCUUCGAGGCACCUGAUAUUCCAGAGCCAGAGUCAGAAGAUGAAAGUGAGGAGAGUGUUGUGAAAGAGGAAGAAGCAGGCCAAGUUGAAGAAAAUGACACAAAAGAUGAACUCUAGAUCAUCUCAUUCAAAGUAACGUUGAAUCAACAAGUAUGACGAUUCUUGAGAGUUUCGGCUAUUUUGGAACGAGAAAGUAAAUCCAUAGUUAUGAAAUUCUCAAGUUGUUCCAGUGUUUUUCUACUUGAUUUACCGCAUGAAAAUGUGGUUAACCUGCAAGGGUAAUCACGCCGCAUGGCAGUCUUUUCCAAAGUUCACUGUGCUAUCACUCCUGAGGAAGUGUCCUUGUAUUUUAAGUUGAAUUUCGUUACAGGGUUUUCAAAGCUGAAUUUUUAUGGAACUUGAACAGUUGUAUUAAGAGGUUAGGUAUUGCUAAUUGUGAGUAAAUAUUGAGGUAUGAAGAUAUAUUCUUUCAUUUUGUAAC